CCGUAGACACUUCUUCGUCGUAAAAUCCAUUCAGCCAAAUAGAGAUAUUCCCCAAGUGUACAAUUCGUUUUACAUGUGCUAUUGCCGGAACGAUAGUGAGAACACCAUGUUCUCUUCCAUCGUUCAUUUCUGUCCCUAUAUAUACAGAGAUAUCUAACCAAGUUUCAGAUACCACAGUCUAGUAAAAACCAUGGUAACACAUCUGUUUUAGUACUUCUCUAAGAGUACAGUGAUAGUAAGAUAUCCAGCAAGACCUCGAGAUCGAUAUGGAUUUGGUUUCUUUGAUAUCUGAAACAGUAAUUCAACUGACAGGAGAUGGCGUUGUUCAAGAACUUGGAGUAAUAUGGCAGCAUACGAGAGAACUGUUAAUAGUUCCCAUUUUGAAAUUUUCGGUGUUCAUAUGUUUAACAAUGUCAGUUAUGCUGUUCAUAGAGCGGGUUUACAUGGGUGUAGUGAUACUAUUCGUGAAACUCUCUGGUCGAAAACCAGAGAAUCGCUACAAAUGGGCAGAGCUCAAAGACGACGUUGAAACGGCCAACUCAAAUUAUCCUAUGGUUCUUGUUCAGAUUCCGAUGUACAAUGAAAAAGAGGUCUAUCAGCUUUCCAUUGGAGCAGCAUGUGCCCUUUCAUGGCCUUCUAGUCGACUAAUCAUCCAAGUUCUUGAUGAUUCUACUAAUCCAGACAUCAAGGACUUGGUGGAAAUUGAAUGUCAAAUGUGGGCAAGCAAAGGAAUAAACAUCAAAUACGAAAUCAGAAGUAACAGAAAUGGGUAUAAAGCUGGAGCUCUUAAAGAAGGAUUGAAACACGCCUAUGUUGAGACGUGUGAUUUCGUUGCUAUUUUUGAUGCUGACUUCCAGCCUGAUCCUGACUUCCUCUGCCAAAGCAUUCCCUAUUUCGUUCAUAACCCUGAUAUUGGCCUUGUCCAAGCUCGUUGGAAGUUCGUGAAUGCGAAUGAAUGUUGGAUGACCCGAGUCCAAGAAAUGUCACUGAAUUACCAUUUCCGGGUAGAACAAGAAGUUGGUUCCUCCACCUACGCUUUCUUUGGUUUCAAUGGUACCGCUGGUGUUUGGAGAAUUGAUGCUAUCAAAGAAGCUGGAGGAUGGAAAGAUCGCACAACUGUAGAGGACAUGGAUUUGGCAGUUCGUGCAAGUCUCAUGGGUUGGAAAUUUGUCUAUAUUGGUGACCUCAAGGUGAAAAGUGAAUUACCAAGCACUUUCAAGGCGUUUCGUUAUCAACAACACCGAUGGUCUUGUGGACCUGCAAAUUUAUUCAGAAAGAUGGUCCUAGAAAUAAUUAAAAACAAGACGGUAAACCUGUGGAAGAAAAUUUAUCUGAUGUACAGUUUUUUCCUUGUACGAAAGAUUGUAGCCCAUAUUGUGACAUUUUUAUUUUACUGCGUCGUAAUUCCGAUGUGUGUGUUCUUUCCGGAAGUUGUGAUUCCGUUGUGGGGUUUAUUUUAUAUGCCAACAGUCAUAACUAUUCUCAAUGCAAUUGAAACACCAAGGUCAAUUCACCUAGUAAUAUGCUGGGUUCUUUUCGAAAAUGUCACGUCGCUUCAUCGAACCAAAGGUACAUUUAUCGGUUUAUUUGAAGCCGGCGGAAGGGUAAACGAAUGGGUUGUUACUGAAAAACUUGGAGAUGCACUACUAAAAUCUAAAGAGAAUAAUAGUCCUGCAAUAAAAUCAUCAAGGAAAUCAAGAUUUGCAAUAUUCCGAGAAAGACUUCAUUUGUUGGAGCUCGGCAUGGGAACGUACAUUUUAGUGUGUGCAUGCUAUGAUGUUGUGUUUGGGAAGUACUGGUACUUCAUUUACUUGUUUGGCCAAACGAUCGCCUUCUUUGUCAUGGGGUUUGGUUACGUCGGCACCUUGAUUCCACCAUCUUAAGCUGCUGCGAAUAUUGAUGUGGUGGUUAUUUGCAAAUCUUUCAGGUGUCAUUCUUGACAAUCUCACAAAUGGUUUCCGGAACCAGUAAAAUCUAUGAUAAAAUUUAAGAAUUAAACCGACUAUCAACUGAAGUGGUGUCAUUUAUUUUUGUGCAA